GUACUACGUAUAAUAAACGUUGCACGCUAGAUGGCGCGACGGUCGGUGGCGGGGAGCGUGGCUAGCGAGUCGCUAGGCGCGCUCAUGCCCGAGGGAACCGCCGAGCGAUUAAGUGUGUUACAACUGUAAUCCGGUGUUUUAUUUUCCGUGUACAUACAAAGCGAACCGUACAAGUGGCGACCCUGCCAGGAUCACAAAAGGAUAACGUAGUCCCAAAACAAUAACAUGUCACACUUACCGCCACUAGAACCAUUGGAUUGUGACGGUGACCCAGCUUCGGUGGGUUUACGUUGGGAAAAAUGGAAACGUGCACUAGAGCUAUACCUAAUUGCUACUAAUGUAACUAAAGCUGAAGCAAAACGAGCAGUUCUCUUACACAUGGGUGGCCUAUCCCUGCAAGAAAUUUAUUAUAAUAUUCCUGGAGCACAUUUAGAAACCGUGGCUAACAGUGACACCGAUAUUUUUACUGUUGCCAUUAAUAAACUAGAUGAAUAUUUCGCACCUAAGCAAAGUAGGGUAUAUGAGCGUCAUUUGUUUAGGCUUAUCAAACAAGAAACUGGAGAAAAAUUUGAUAAGUUUCUUGUUAGGCUUCGUCAUCAAAGUUCGAAAUGCAAGUUUACCGCUCCUGAUGAAAAUAUGAUCGAUCAAAUCACCGAAAAAUGCGAGUCAGCUAAAUUAAGAAAAACAAUUUUGACACUCGGUGAUGACGUCACACUUGAUAAAAUUAUAUCCGAAGCCAACGCUUUAGAAACUGUUAACCGUCAACUCAAUAACUUUGGACUGCCAGGACCUAGUAAAGAGAUUUCAGUGAAUAGAUUAGAGACGCGCUCAGUUAAAAAUAAAUCGAGUUCAAAUUCAUGUUCGCGAUGUAGUGGUAACCAUCCAAGUGAUAGCAAGUUAUGUCCGGCCCGUGAUAAAAAAUGCCUCAAGUGCGGGUUCAUUGGACACUAUCGAAAACAGUGUAGAACCAGGGCAUACAAACGCAAAGCUAAUGACAAUGUGUCUAAACCGAAUCAGGCUAUACAUCCUGAUAAAAAGCCAAAAAAUAAGUCAGACGAGGUUGAUUACAUUUUCCACAUUGAAGGUGACGACACUGUUAAGUGUAUUCUUGGCAAUGUUGGAAUAGAGAUGUUGAUCGACUCUGGAAGUAAAUAUAAUAUAAUUGGUGACGAAACCUGGCGUGUUCUCAAAAGCAAGAAGAUUCGAGUUGAAAACCAAACCAAUAACCCAGACAAAACUUUCAAGGCAUAUGGAAGUGAAAAUCCUCUGACGAUUCUGGGGGCAUUUGAUGCGACCAUAAUGGUUAAUAGCGAAUUUCCGACUGUGAAAGCGACUUUUUAUGUAGUGAAAAACGGCACAAGGAAUUUGCUUGGAAAAGACACAGCUAUCAAACUUGGAGUCCUGAAACUGGGAAUAGGAGUAAAUGCAGUUGAUGGCGUAAAUUCAGGGACAAACUACCAUCAGUGGUAGAUAUUGAAUUUUCUGAAGUAGAUCUGGAAACAAAAGACAGAGAUACAACCAUGAAAACUAAGGGCAAAGAGUAUGCAGACAGGAAAAGACAAGCCACAGAAUCAAAUAUAGAAGUUGGAGAAAAAGUAUACGUAAAAAAUAUGAUCAAGGAAAAUAAAUUGUCUACUACGUUCAAUGAUGCGCCGCACACAGUCGUCAAUAAGGACGGUAAUGACGUCGAAGUAGUAAACGAUGAAAAUGGAAAGCGACUUCGUAGGAACAUUGUACAUCUCAAGAAGGUUGAGGGUAAAUGGGAAGUUUGUCCAAAUAAUUCUCCAGAGAUCGACGGAAAUGAGGGAUUGAUUGAAAAUAAUUGAUUAAAUUUUGUCUGACGUUGUUUGGUUGUAUUGUGAUUCUGAUGAGUAAGCUACAACAAUCAUUUCAUUUUUCUAAUUUUGUAAAAGGUAGAUAUGUAGUGUACUACGUAUAAUAAACGUUGCACGCUAGAUGGCGCGACGGUCGGUGGCGGGGAGCGUGGCUAGCGAGUCGCUAGGCGCGCUCAUGCCCGAGGGAACCGCCGAGCGAUUAAGUGUGUUACAACUGUAA